AUGAUCCUCACAGUCAAGCUGCUCCUGGGCCGGAGAUGUAGCCUGACGGUGUCAGGACAGGAGGGCAUGGCCAUGCUGAAGAAGCUGGAGUCCGAGCGGCUGCACGUGCCAGAGGAGCAGCAGCACCUGCUCUUCCGCAGCCAGCUGCUGGCAGAUGACAAGCGGCUAUCCGACUCCCGCAUUGGGCCCAACACCUCCAUCAGCGUGGUCAUGCGGCCCCUGGAGAAGCCGGCUGAGGACACCCGCCAGCCCCAGCCCCUGUGGCAGCACGUGGGCCAGGUCCUGCCCAAACACCUUGGGCCCCAGGACACUGAGGCAGUGCUGCAGCUGCUGAGGCGGGAGCACGAGGAGCGCCUGCAGAGGAUAAGCCUGGGGGACCUGGAGCAGCUGGCGCGGCACCUCCUGACCAAGGAGCCGCUCGCAGAGCCCGCUGGGGAGAGGAAGCCUGAGGCUCUGAGUCCCGAUAAGGAGGAGGAAAAGGAGGCUGCUCAGUAA